AUGACCCACAUAGUAAAAGCAGAAGAGAAAGUCCUCAUCAGUGUGAUUCACAUCGGCAUUGAUCACAGUGGACAGAGGGACCUGUCCAAGGCUGAGCUGUUGAGGAAGAGUCACAGAGGACAGAGGGACCUGUCCAAGGCUGAGCUGUUGAGGAAGAGUCACAGAGGACAGAGGGACCUGUCCAAGGCUGAGCUGUUGAGGAAGAGUCACAGUGGAGAGAGGGACCUGUCCAAGGCUGAGCUGUUGAGGAAGAGUCACAGUGGAGAGAGGGACCUGUCCAAGGCUGAGCUGUUGAGGAAGAGUCACAGUGGACAGAGGGACCUGUCCAAUGCUGAGCUGUUGAGGAAGAGUCACAGUGGAGAGAGGGACCUGUCCAAGGCUGAGCUGUUGAGGAAGAGUCACAGUGGACAGAUGGACCUGUCCAAGGCUGAGCUGUUGAGGAAGAGUCACAGUGGACAGAGGGACCUGUCCAAGGCUGAGCUGUUGAGGAAGAGUCACAGUGGACAGAGGGACCUGUCCAAGGCUGAGCUGUCGAGGAAGAGUCACAGUGGACAGAGGGACCUGUCCAAGGCUGAGCUGUUGAGGAAGAGUCACAGAGGGACCUGUCCAAGGCUGAGCUGUUGA